AUGAUGCUGCCGCUGACCAGGCUGUGGCCGCUACUUCGGUGGGGGACGGCGGCGGCAGGGGCAGCAGCCGGGGGAACCCCGGGCUCUCCUGCUCCCUCCGCCGCCGAGGCUCGGGGUUUCUUCCGCGGGGGCGGGGAGGCUCCGCCGGUGUCCGAGUCGGAGGAGGAGGAAGCGGAGGCCAGAGUUUCCUCGCCGAGAGAGGCCGUGGUGGGAAGCCGCUCGGGGUGCGCGGCCCGGGGGUCGCGCCGGGGGGCGCCGCGGGGCGGCUGCGGGGGCGCGGGGCCCGCCGCUGGGCUGAGCCCAGGCGCGGGCGGCGGCGGCGGCGGGCGGCAGCGGAGGCAGCUGCCGCCUCUGUCCUCGGGUCCGCUCAGCUCUGCUCCCUGGUAUGGAACCUAUAGGGGGCCUGUCACCCGGCACGUGCGCCGGGGGCAGGCCGGGGUGGAAGGGGAGGGGGCCGGCGGGCCGGCGGGGCGCGACCCGACCCCGGCCCGGACGCGGCCGGGCCUCGGCGCCGCUCGGGCCCGCGCCCCAGCGCCCUGGUCGGGGCGGGUUCGGCGGGCGGCCGGCGGGAGGCCUCCGUCCCGGGCCCGGGGUGCGUGCGUGCGUGUGUACCCCCGCGCGAGCUGCAAGUGUAAGGUGUGCGGAGCGACUGCGGACCCGCCGUCGCGGGCCGGAGGCGCCACCUGUGACCCUCCCUGUGCCUGGACUCCACCGUUCCUUCCCAUCUGCGCCCUCACCAGAGGACUUGAACCUCCAAAACUGUUUCCUUCUUGCCUCCCCCACCAACUCCCAGCCACAUGGAUGUUUAUCAAGAGUUAUCUUGAUCCUGCAUCAUCCUACAAAACACAGAAUUUGCAUUCAGAAACUUCAGACCUCGGUAUGAAGUACCUAUUAGCUGCAGAUCAUCUGCCUUUUCUUUAUUACCUCCAUCACCAUGACAAUUCACCACCAGGGUGUAGGGAAAUUGUUUAGAGUCCACACAGAGUAAGGGACUCCAUUCUGAAAGGAAGGCGUGUGUCAGGCACAGUUACAAGGGCUUUCCAUGUAGUAGCUUGGGUAGUCCUCUCAAUAUUAUUUUUUAAAAUAUUUAUUUAUUUAUUUCAGAGUUACAGACAGAGGGAGAGAGAGAGAGAGAGAGAGAUUUCUUCCAUCUGCUGAUUCACUCCCCAGAUGGCUGCAACAGCCAUUCAAAGUCAUGAGCCCAUUCAAAGUCAUGAGCAUCCUCCAGGUCUUCCAUGAGGGUGGUGCAGGGGCCCAAGUGCUUGGGCCAUCUUUUGCUGCCUUCCUAGACCAGCAGCAAGAGCUGGAUCAGAAGAGAAGCAACUGGGACACAAACCGAUGCCCAUCUGGGAUGCUGGUGCUACAGGCAAAGGCUUAACCUCCUACACCACAGCACCAGUCCCCACAAUAUUUUUUUUAAAGAUUGAUUUAUUUGUAAGGCAGAGUGACAGAGACAUAGAAAGAGGCAAGGUAUCUUCCAUCUGCUGAUUCACUCCCCCAGAUGAUUGCAACAGCUGAGGAUGGGCCAGGCUGAAACCAGGAGUCAGGAAUUCCACUUGGGUCUCUCAUGUGAGUGGCAAGAACUCAAGUACUUGGGCCAUCAUCUGCUAUCUCCCAGGAGAAUUAGCAGGAACUUGGAUUGCAAACUGAGCAGCCAAGAUACGGGUAUCGCAUGUGGCAGCUUAACUCACUGUGUUACAAUGCCUACCCCCUCUCUCAACCUUUUUUUUUUAAAGAUUUAUUUAUUUAUUUAUUUA